AGUAAGCCUGCUAGAGAGAGAGAGAGAGAGAGAGGAAAAAAAUAAAAGAAGACACACAGAGUCUCUGUGUCUUCCUUUCUUUUUUCUACAUGUUUUUUUUUUUUAAUUUUCAGUAAAGAAGCAGAAGCAGAAGAAGAAGAAGCCCCUUCGCCCAACGCUAAUUUCGCCAUCCUGGCUAUCGAUAACUUGGCGUUGAGACAAAAGCAGAAAGCAGUAAUAACGAAUCCGGAGCAGCGGUUUGCGACGGAUCAUGUGGUACAAAUAGGGGGCUCUGAGUGUUUAGUCGCGGAAUGCUUUCUGAACAUCGUCAGAGCCCUUGGGAUGGGGUCGUGUCUCUCGGCGGAGGGCGCGGCCGCCCUCCCGUAUGCUCUGGGUGCAGCGGCGGUGUCGGCAUCCAGAUCUGCCUUGGACGACGUCGGUACCGGCAUCAAGCGCGGAAACUCGAGGAAGAAGAUGAGGACGGACUCCUCCUCCUUGGAUUCUAAUAUGGAGACGUGGCUGCAUAGAGUUCCGGGGAGAUUGUUCUUCAAUGGCUCCAGCGAGGUUGCAUCCCUGUUUAGUAAGAAAGGCAAGAAGGGGAUCAACCAGGAUGCUAUGAUUGUCUGGGAGAAUUUUGGUUCAAGGACAGACACAAUAUUUUGUGGUGUUUUUGAUGGCCAUGGUCCCUGUGGUCAUAUGGUUGCAAAGAAAGUGAGGGAUUCUCUUCCUUUAAAGUUGAUUGCUCAGUUGCAAAUUAAUAGUAUCCGCGAGCAUGGUCAUGAUAAUAUCAGAAGUAGCGCAUUGAAAAGUCUAGCCUCUGAAGACAUUGCACUCAUGUUAGCUGAUGAGGAAGCCAGGACCUCUAAUCAUAAGGACAGUCGCCCUGAUUUCUUUAUGACAAUGAGAGGGCCAUUUCUGAAGGCAUUUAAGGUUAUGGACAAGGAAUUGAAACUACAUCCUUCAAUUGAUUGCUAUUGCAGCGGGACAACUGCAGUUACCUUGGUCAAGCAGAGACAUGAUCUCAUUAUUGCAAACGUCGGGGAUUCCAGAGCCAUAUUGGGUACUAGAGAUGAAGAUGAUUCUCUCAUUGCAGUUCAGUUGACUGUAGACCUCAAACCAGAUCUUCCAAGGGAAGCAGAGAGGAUUAGGCGAUGUAAGGGACGUAUCUUUGCCCUUCAAAAUGAACCUGAGGUUGCUCGAGUUUGGCUGCCCAACUGUAACUCCCCUGGACUUGCAAUGGCUCGGGCAUUUGGAGAUGUUUGCCUUAAAGAAUUUGGCUUGAUCUCUGUCCCUGAUAUUUCUUAUCGUCGCCUCACCAAGAAAGAUGAAUUUGUAGUACUGGCUACAGAUGGGAUCUGGGAUGUCCUCUCAAACAAAGAAGUUGUUGACAUAGUGGCAUCAGCCCCACAGUCUGCUGCAGCUCGAGCAGUGGUUGAUUUAGCUGUUAGAGCUUGGAAGUCCAAAUUCCCAUAUGGGAAGGUUGAUGACUGUGCUGUAGUUUGCCUAUUCCUGAACUCAAAUUCAAACCAUUACUCUGUUUUUAAUUCCACCCAAUGAGAUAGAUGUCGUAGGACCAAUCCGAAGGGUUUUGUUUUUUCCUGGACCAAUGCGCACUGCCCAUUAGGGUACCUGUAGAUUACCCCAUGAGAAUUUUUCUUCAAGGUUGGGGGAAAAAGGAGAUUAUAGGAGGUGUUGCAACAGCGGCCAGGGGGCCCACGUUUGAGGGCUAAUAUCCUUGCCUUGCCAUGCUUGAUUUAAUUGGCAAGUUGGAAGGGUAGGGCUCAAAAAUAGAGGUGGAAGCCAUUUCUUAUGAUUUUUUUCUUUAGGAAAUAUUAGUUAUUCUCAAUAUUCUUUGCCAAUCUUUUAUGGGGCUUUUCGUUCUACAAAUAAGUUGUGGAAAAGGAGUGAUGCUAUCUUGGAAAGGUUUUCUCAAGGUUCAUUUUCAAGUGGAGCUUGAUGUGACCUUCUGUUGGUAUGUUUUGGCAGUCUCUCCCUCUGGAAUUGGGAAGGAGUUUUUGUUGAUCCAAUUCUCUGGGAGCUUUGGAAGUUAUUCCAUUACUUAUCCAUCACUUAGAUAGGUAUGAUUUUGUGCUUGUGUUUGGAGAUAAACUUUCUUUUUAUAAGUUGUUCUUAUGGCACAAGACUUGAGGCAGCAGUGGAUAUACUCAAUUAUUUGGAUGUAUUUUAUUUUUUUGUGGGACUGCUUUUCUCCUUUUGUAAAAUGUUGCUGUUCGAUAGCACUUGAAUUUUCAUUUGUCUCUUUUUAUAGGCAUCUGAAAUAGUCUUCUGCUGUCUUUCUAUGUACUGUUUGCUUAAUUGCAGCUUUGAAUUGUUCAGAUGGUGCAAAA